AUGGAGAUGAUAAGAAACCACUUCUUAACAUUGUUACUAGGAGUCUCUAUAUCAGCAUUCGUCAUCCUACUCUUCUUCAUCUUCUGCACAAGAAGAAAACGUUCAUCUACUGAAUCUGAUGAACACGACAUAGAGUCCAGUGGAUUCUCCUCAGAGACAGAGGAGCUCGUGACGUUUCACGGUGGUGAAGAUCUCACCAUCUGCGAUAUCCUCGAUGCUCCAGGAGAAGUCAUCGGGAAAUCAAGCUACGGAACUCUCUACAAGGCUUCAUUGCAACGUAGCGGUAAAGUUAGGGUUCUUAGGUUUCUCCGACCGGUUUGUACAGUGAGAUGUGAUGAUAAGGAGUUUAAUGACGUCAUCGAGACGCUUGGGUUUGUUCGACAUGAGAACUUGGUUCCUCUGUUGGGUUUCUAUGGUGGAAACAGAGGAGAGAAGCUUAUGGUUCAUCCUUUCUUCUCUUCCGGGAAUCUUUCCGACUUCAUCAGAAAAAGUGGAGAACUUUAA